UUCCCAUCAUCCCCUCAUCUACUUCCGUGUGUGAUGAGUGAUAUUUCACUGGCGACAACUCUGCGACGAAACACAGAAAAAUCCGAAUGGAAAAUCUAAAAAUGACUGGAAAUUCUACGUGAUAAGAUUGUAGUUUGAGAAAAACAUUAAUAUUGAGAAGUUCCUGGGCACAUUAGCCAUCAUGUCGAGCGCUGGAAGCCAAGGACAGAAGGCAGAAUACUUGGUCGGAGGGGGCAAAUACAAGCUCGUUCGGAAAAUUGGAAGUGGAUCAUUCGGCGAUAUUUAUUUAGGAAUCAACGUUGGCAAUGGCGAAGAAAUUGCAGUCAAAAUGGAGUCAGCGAAGGCAAGACAUCCACAGCUCAAUUAUGAAGGAAAGGUGUAUAGAAUAUUACAAGGAGGUGUUGGUAUACCGAAGGUUAGGUGGUAUGGGUCAGAAAAAGACUACAAUGUAUUAGUGAUGGAGCUACUAGGACCUAGCUUGGAAGACUUAUUCAACUUUUGUGAUCGCCAGUUCUCAAUGAAAACUGUUUUGAUGCUUGCAGAUCAGAUGCUUGGAAGAAUUGAGUAUGUACACAAUAAGAAUUUCAUCCACCGAGACAUCAAACCCGAUAAUUUCCUUAUGGGUAUCGGUAGACAUUGCAAUCAGGUUUUCAUCAUCGACUUUGGCUUGGCAAAGAAGUACAGAGACAGCAGAUCAAGACAGCAUAUACCUUACAAGGACGACAAAAACCUAACGGGAACGGCCAGAUACGCCAGUAUCAACGCUCACCAGGGUAUAGAGCAAGCGCGGAGAGAUGAUCUGGAAUCACUCGGCUACGUCAUGAUGUACUUCAAUAGGAGAAGUCUACCGUGGCAGGGUCUGAAGGCUGCCACCAAGAAGCAGAAGUAUGAGAAGAUCAGUGAGAAGAAGAUGUCAACGUCACCGGAAACACUCUGCAAGAGCUUCCCUGCCGAAUUCGCUAUGUACCUGAAAUACUGCAAGAACAUGAAGUUCGAGGAAGCCCCGGACUACAUGUACCUGAGGCAGCUGUUCCGCAUCCUGUUCCGCACCCUCAACUAUCAAUAUGACUACGUCUUUGACUGGACGUUGCUCAAGCAGAAGGCAGCCAAUCAGGCGGCUGCCCUCAACAACACCAGCAAGGUGUCGGCCAAUCAGGGAGGGACGCUGAACAACCCCAGCAAAGUGUCGGGAAACCAGUUCACCCUCACGCAGACCCCGCACGACCAAAUGCAACAUGCAAACCAUCACUACCGCCACCUCCAAAGAAUGUCGGAGAGCAAGAAGAGUAAACCGUGAAGAGACAAACGUUCUCUAGCUACUUAAUCCUGAUCAAGAGAGUGAGAGAGAGAGAGAGAUAGAGAGAGAGUGAGAGAGGAUAGAUGAGAGUUGCACGAGACAUAACUUUGUUAUAGUAUAAAUGGAACAGACACAAUCCAUCAUCCCUGCAUGUUUCAUGAACACUAUAGGCCGCUGAGACGUGUGUUCACCUGAACGAUCAUAAAUGUUUGUAUCUUGUCACAAACUGGAGAUAUUUUCUUCUUGUACAUACACCAAAGAGUUUUCCCGAGGGUCUUCAGGAAAUCGUUCUGCACGCCCUGGCAUUAUUGUGUCUAUCUUGUAAAUGUAGUUGGUGUCUAGCUAAUUAUUUAUUUCUAUCAUUGUGUUUUCUACAUAUUUUCUCUGCCUGAAGCAUGGAGAAUAUCGGCUGUUUGAAGGUUGAUGAAUUGUGUCUGCUCCAAGAACUGUUAUAUAGCCCUAUUUAAGGUUGUACCUGGCAAUUCAGUCUUCGCCACGUACCACGAAAGGCAAUACACAGCACUCAUCAUUGUUUUCUUUUCAUGUUCCUGUUUGGUUACCGAGAUCGAUGUAUUUGGUUAUCGGGAAGGCUGUCUAUCCUAUGUUCUGGUAGUAGGGGCUGCAAGUGCCAGCAUAAAGGCUAGAUAAAGUUCAUCACUUUUUAAAACAAAUUAUUCAACUAUGUUGAGAUAUUUGCAAGAUUCAAGAAAGUUUUUCUUUCAGGUCAAAGCAGGUUUCGGAUGUCAGAUUAAUUGAUACUUGGGGAUUUCUAAUUUGGCGCUGGUGCUGGUGUUAAAAGCACAAUCAGAUUGUUUAACACCAGAUGUGAGUUUUGAAAUAGAAAACUCAACACGUAUUAGAUCAAUCCCGACACCAGCUUCAUUUCUAGUUUGGUCCCUGCUCUUGUAAUGCUCAACCCAACCCUAACACAGAAAGGUCGACACCAAACUUAACAUCACCUAUUAUUGUAUGUUGCAUGGUUUAGCAUCAAAGCAAGGUUAAACACUGUCAUACAGAUUAGCAGUCAUAGGUUGGAGUAAUACAACAGAGCUAACACCUGUAGAUCUCUUAGGGCCCCGUCUUACAAAGAGAUGCGAUCGAUCCAAUUGAUCUUAGCUAUGGAAUUUCAUCACUGUCAUAAUUUUUCAUACAAGAAAUGUGAAAAGCCUCCCUUUGGAAAUAAUGAGGAACACGGAGAUAUGUCAAGAAAAUUGUAAAUGCAUGAGUAUUACUCAUAUAGAGUAUUUUCAACCGACAUGCAUUCCUAAGCUGACAUUACUUGCUCUCCAUAGCGUUGAUUGAUUGGAUCAAUCGCAAGUAUUUUAUUAAACGGGGCCCAGUUGAUGUAUCUGUACCUGCCUGUUUAUCUGUGAAGGUAUUAUAAAAAAAACACCCAAGUUUCACCUGCUAGAGGCUUUAAGCCAGUAAAGCCAGUCCAAAUUGAUCGGAGACCAAUCUUCAGGCUUUCACCAGAUUUCAGUUUCUGACAUCUUGAUUAUUCUGCAAUGGAGGUCCUUGUAACACCACCAGUCACGAUUCUCUACAACUCAACCUUUCCAACUGGUAUUCAUUGCAAUAUCACACCCUCCCAAUAGACUCUAAUUUCCCCAAUGACAAAGAAAAAAAUAUGAAAAUCAUACUAUUGGUGUUUAAGGCAUAACAACCGAUUAUUUUUGUUGUUGCUCUGUCCUCUAAGACAAAGUGUCGCCCGAUGAAAAUUUCCACCAGUAAAGAGUCACUGGUGGCAACCUUGCCAGGGUGUCAUAAUACAGGACAAACUCCCCCCCCUCCCCCCACACAUACACCACCACCCUGAACACUGUAAAAGUUAGAUUUUUAAUGGAGGCAGUACGUUACAAAACAACUUGGAGCCACUAAAAUUAGAAAAGUAGAAAAUGAAAUUAAUCUUCAGUAUACAACAUUAACCUUUCUUUGAUAUAUUCCCGUCUCAACACAUGUAUACCCAUUUACAUUUGCGGUCUGAAAUACUUUUCACUUUGAAAUGCCAAACUUUAUUAAUAUUGCCUGAUUUUGAAUAGUGAAUAGAUUAGGAUUUUUAACAUAUCUGACCUUACCCCCC